AUGGAAGCCAAUGCAGCAAGCGACGAGGGUGUGCAUUUCCAGAGCUACCCCUUCGACUUCUUGGAGUUCCUGAACCACCAACGCUUUGAACCUAUGGAGGCCUACAACCACGAGCACGCCAAAGCAGUCGCCGCCCUCCCCUGUCCACAGCCACAGUACGACUACACCCAGCCGCCCGCUGCCGCCCCACCUGCCCACUUUGACCGUGUCCCCACCGCUGUUGGCACCUCCAAGCCCAAAGCUGAAGGCCCAUCCUCCUCCUCUUCCUCAGCAGCCGCUUCUGCCAACGUUCAAGUCAAGAAAGCCGAACCGGGGGCUCCUGCACCACCACAGCAGCAACAACAGCAGCAGCAACAACAACAACAACAGCAACCACCCUAUACUGGUCCAGCAGUGGUGCCAGCGACAGGCCAGCCUCUCUUCGAUAGUACAGCUGCAGCUGCAGCCGCUGCCGCUGCCUACAACACUCCUCAGUGGGGCAUUGUGGACCUUUCUGGCCACCAGCACCUCUUCAGCAGCCUGAAACGUGGGCAGGCCCCGCCCCCAGCUACAGCCACUGUUGCCACUGACAGCCAGGCGGGCAAAGACGACAAGAACUACUUCCGGCGCUUGAAAUAUUUCAUCGACCGCCGUUUCCCGUGCGGCGUGUGCCAGAAAUCCUUCAAGCAGUCGUCCCACCUUGUGCAACACAUGUUGGUACAUACAGGCGAGCGGCCCUACGAGUGCACCACCUGCGGCCGCACCUACAACCACAUUUCCAGCCUCAUCCGGCACCGCCGCUGCCACAAGGACACCGAGGAUGCCACGGCGGCUGCCAACGCGGCCGCUGCUAACGCAGCCGCAGCAGCUGCUGCUGCGGCAGCCGCCGCAGCUGUUGCCACCAACGCAACUGCUGCUUCUGGUGCCGAGGGAGCAGCUCAGCCUCCUACUCAGAGCGGCAACCCUCAGGUGGUUCCCGCAUCCGCUGGGACGGCAGCCGCGUCUGCCCUCAGUGCUGCCAUCGCUCAGGCGGAAGGCCCGUUCACCUGCUCUCUCUGCUGGAAGGUCUUCAAGAAGCCAAGCCACCUGCACCAGCACCAGAUCAUCCACACGGGCGAGAAGCCGUUCUCAUGCUCCGUCUGCCAGAAGAGCUUCAACCGACGCGAGAGCCUGAAGCGGCACGUGCGGACCCACUCGGAUCUCCUGCGAGUGCAGUGUGGGGUUUGCGGCAAGGAGUUCCGGGACGCUUCCUACCUUCUGAAGCACCAGGCUACCCAUGCGCCACCCGGAACCUUGCCGCCACGCCCCGAGUACAAGUGCGACAUCUGUGGCAAGGGCUACGUGGCUCCCCAGAACCUCCUGCGCCAUCGGCAGCUGCAGCACGAGGGAGCCCAGCUGCCCAAGGACGGCACCAACGCCCUGUCCUACCUGCCGCCGGGAGCUUAUCUCCUCCCACAAGACCCGCAGGCUACCGGUUCUGACGGCGACACCAAGCCCACAUCCUACGGGCUCUUGGGUCACCCGCUGCUGGUGGGGACGGCAGCGGGCAAGAACUUCUGCUGCGGGAUCUGCGGCCGCGGCUUUGGGCGCCGGGAGACGCUGAAGCGCCACGAGAGGAUCCACACCGGGGAGAAGCCUCACCAGUGCGCCGUGUGCGGGAAGCGCUUCCGCGAGUCGUUCCACCUCAGCAAACACCACGUGGUGCACACGCGGGAGAGGCCCUACAAGUGUGAGAUCUGCGGGAAGGUGUUUGGCUACCCGCAGAGCUUGACCCGCCACAAGCAGAUCCACCGGCUGCAGCUGCCUUGCUCUUUGCCACCCAUGGGGCCCUCGCUGGCACCCAUGGGUCCUUCAUUGCCGCCGCCUCCCGAAGGGCUGACCUACGGCUGCUCCGACUGUGGAGAGCGCUUCCCCGAUCUCUUCCACGUCAUGAGCCACAAGGAAGUUCACGUGGCCGAGAAGCCGUACCCGUGCGACGUCUGCGGCAAGUGCUUUGGCUUCAUUGAGAAUCUCAUGUGGCACAAGCUGGUCCACCAGGCUGCCCCCGAGCGGCUCCUGCCACCGGACGAGACGGCCGCGGCGGUGGCACCUCUGGAGAACGGGCUGGCCAGUGGUGACAACAUGACGUCUUUUGAAGACCACCACCCCACCUUGCCCAGCGGGGAGCGCUUCUCAUGCUCCAUCUGCGGCCAGACCUUCAAGCAUUUCCUGGGCCUUGUGACCCACAAGUACGUUCACCUGGUGCGGCGCACACUGGCCUGUUCAGUCUGCGGGCAGAGCUUCGCGGGGGCCUAUGACCUGCUGCUGCACCGCCGCACCCACCUGCAGAAGCGGCACUUCUCCUGCCCGGUGUGCGGCAAGCGGUUCUGGGAGGCCGCCCUCCUGAUGCGCCACCAGCGCUGCCACACCGAGGAGCGCCCUUACCGCUGCGCGGUCUGCGGGCGUGGCUUCCUGCGCUCGUGGUACCUGCGCCAGCACAAAGUGGUGCACACCGGCGAGCGGGCCUACAAGUGCGCCCUCUGCAACAAGCGCUUUGCCCAGUCGUCCAGCCUGGCUGAGCACCAGCGCCUCCACGUGGUGGCUCGGCCCCAGCGCUGCCCCACCUGUGGCAAGACCUUCCGCUACCGCAGCAACCUUCUGGAGCACCAGCGGGUGCACCUGGGUGAGAAAGUCUACCGCUGCGACCGCUGCUCCAAGAGCUUCUUCUACCUGUCCUCCAUCCUGCGCCACCAGCGCUCCCACGAUGCCAAGCGCGAGCUGCGAUGCGGGGCCUGCCUCAAGCUCUUCAAAGACCCCAAGUACUUCAGCAAACACGUCCAGGCCCACCAGGGAGGGCGGCCGUUCAAGUGCAGCACCUGUGGAGAAGCCUUCUCCAACACCUAUGGCCUCAAGAAACACCGCCACAUCCACAAGAUGGAGCGCUUUGCCGCCAUGGGAGGCCACAAGGAGCAAGCCUAG